AUGCUCUCUAAGACCCUUAAGUCUCUUCGUAUUCCUAGAUACACAAGAGGAAUUGCACAAUUUGCACAUUUUGAAGCUCCAAAACAUAUAACUAAUGAACCAACUAAACUUUUCACAGAGAAUGACAAACAAGACUGGAAUAAGUUAGAAAAUGAAAUCAAAAGUUUUAUAGAAAAUCCAAGUACUAUCCCAGUUGUUGUCAAUGGGGAAAAAAUCAAUGAUCGUCAAACGAAAAGAGUGGUUAAUCCAGCCAAAAUCAGCCAAAAUCUUGGAGUGUAUGCACAAGCAACAAAGGAUGAUGUUCAAAAAGCAAUAGAUUCCGCAAUGAAGGCUAAGUCUAAAUGGGCCAACAUGCCAUUUGCUGAUAGAGCUGCAAUUUUUUUAAAGGCAUCUGAGUUGAUUUCAACUAAGUAUAGGUACAAGAUGUUGGCAGCUACAAUGCUGGGUCAGGGUAAGAACGUAUUUCAAGGUGAAAUUGAUUGUAUUGGCGAACUUGUCGAUUUUUUCCGUUUUAAUGUCAAGUACGCGGAGGAACUAUACAAAAAACAACCAAUUGAAUCAACAAUUGGUGUUUGGAAUAGGACCGAGUACAGACCAUUGGAAGGUUUUGUAUAUGCGGUUACACCUUUCAAUUUCACUGCAAUUGCAGGUGGAUUAAUCGGUGCACCUGCAUUGAUGGGCAAUACCGUUGUUUGGAAGCCAUCAGAUUCCUCAAUUCUAUCUAAUUAUCUGUUAUUGGAUAUUUUAAAGGAAGCAGGUUUGCCUGAUGGUGUCAUCAACUUUGUCCCUGGUAAUCCAGUGGAAGUCUCAGAAAUUGUUGUUAAUAAUGAGAAUUUUAGUGCAUUACAUUUCACCGGAUCCACUGAUGUUUUCUCGAGCUUCUGGUCUCAGAUAGCUAAAAACGUCGCUUUGAGUAAAUAUAAAGAUUUUCCUAGAAUUAUCGGUGAAACCGGUGGUAAAAAUUUCCAUUUGGUUGAUUCAACUGCUAAUGUUGAUAAUGCAGUUUUCAACACUAUCAGAGGAGCAUUUGAAUUUCAAGGUCAAAAAUGUUCUGCUACAUCCCGUGCUUAUGUCAGUGCAUCCAUUUGGCCUGAAUUCAAGGAAAAAAUCAUAGCCAAUACAAAAAAAAUCAAACCAACUAACUGUACUGAAGAGUUACAGGGAUUCAUGGGACCAGUUAUUCAUGAACGUUCAUUUGAUAAAGUGACUAAUGCAAUCAAGAGUACAGAAAAGGAUUCAGAAUUGACUUUGUUGGCCGGCGGAAAGUUUGACAAAUCUGUUGGGUAUUUCAUUGAACCUACCAUAGUUGAGACCUCAAAUAUAGACCAUGCAUUCAUGAAGACCGAGUUCUUUGGUCCUUUGUUAACCGUUUACGUUUUUGAAGAUUCUCAGAUUGAUCAUAUUUUGGAGAAAAUAGAUAGUGCAACUAGAUAUGGGUUAACUGGUUCUGUGUUCAGCACAAGUCGUGAAAACAUCAGAAAAUACGAAGAAAGAUUGAGGUAUUCAUGUGGUAACUUCUAUAUCAAUGAUAAGAGUACAGGUGCGGUUGUUGGACAACAAAGCUUUGGCGGCUCUAGAAUGUCGGGUACCAACGAUAAGGCUGGAUCUGCUGCGUUGAUUUCCAGGUUUGUUACAACAAGAAGUAUCAAAGAAAACUUUGGUGAAAUUACAACAUAUUUAAAUCCAUCAAAUUUUUAA